GAUCAGCCCCUGGGAGCCCUUCCCAAUAGGGUCAGUCUGUCCCAGUGUGCUGGCAGCAACCAUUUUGGGGGCAGAGUAGAAAGAUUUGGAUGCCUUUACCUGCUGUCCCCAGUGCUCCCUACCAUGCCAAGCACCCCCAGGGACAGGUUGGUUGUGUUGAGGGCAGCUUCCUCAGCACCAGCAGGAUGCUUGGGGAAGUGGCAGUGAGCAUCCUGUAUUCCCAGCAUCCCCAGUGCCAGGCUUGGCACAAUCAGGACCCCGCAAUGGGGAGGUUCUGUCACCUGCAAGAUGGGGUUCCCUUGAAGCUGCCCCCAUUCCCCUCCCUGCUCCCAUCUCCAUCUGCCUCCCUGUCCCUAUGUCCUGCUGCUCAGCCGUCGGCCCCAAGGAGCUGCAACCCUGGCUGGUUGCCCUCACGGCCGUUGUCAUCUUCCUCUUCAUCGUCUUCGUGCUCCUACUCAUCAACCGGCUCUGGCAGAUCAGGAGGCACAGGUGGGCCUCUGUAACAGGGCACCUGCCUUGGCCUGGGGGUGCCGGCCCAGGAGCCGCAGGGUCUUGCCGUGCCCGGGGCUGGCCGCACGGUGCUGUGGGUGGGGCCGAGCGCCCCAGGGCACGGCUGAGCCUCUCUCUGCCCCGCAGGAAGCGGAGCCGUCACCAGGAGGUUCAAGGCAGUGGCAGGCUGGAGCGGGCCGACCGCGCCACCCCAGCGGCCGAGGACAGCGACGAGAGGAGCGGCGAGGAGAGCAGCAAGGUCACGGCCUUCUGAACCGGCCGCGCCUGGCGCCCGCGGGGCCCGGCCUGGGGCACCACGCCUGCCGCCCCGUCCGCAGGGCGCCGGUC